AUGAGUACCAUUCGUAUAAAUCGUGUUCAAUCAGCUUAUCAUCGAUCUACUCGUCAACCUACUACAAAUGUUCAAGUUUCUCACAUUACACAACGUCCUACGACCAGUAGAAAUACAUGUGAAUCUCAAACCAAUGUAUUGAGUGUACCUGCAUGGAGAACAUUAGACUCAUCGGCUCCUUCAGGAUCUAUAAGUAGCUGGCAACGACCAAAAACUACUAGUAUAAGUACAAUGACAAGUACACAAACUUCAGCAGACAAUUUGCAUUCAAAUGAAAUAGAACGUCUUUUGCGGUGUCUGGAUCGUGAUGAUAAACGUAUUGUUCAAGUCGAUUGCAUAGCGGAUUAUAGGAAACUUGUACAAACAAUUGAUGUACGAAAUACACCACUUGAUCGUAAAUCAUUAUGUGCUUUACAACAACGUGAAAAUCGUAUUGUACAACGAAAUGCUUGUCGUGAUAUACGUUUUCGUUCAUUGUUGGAUGCACUUGCACCGUCACAUAUGAUUGGAGUGGAGCAAAAUGAUUCCCAUGAUACUAAUCGUAAUAAUAUUUCAGAAUAUCCAUCGAAUGAGUAUCCUAUGCAAUAUUAG